AUGGCCGACUCCAUGGUUGGACCUUUUCUGAAAGGGAAUACGGGGAGGAAUACUCGAGGGAUUCUACGACUAUCAAUUCUUUGUAUAAUUGCAGCUGCGGCCAUUGCCAGCCGGUUGUUUUCAGUCAUUCUUGAUCCGUGGUUUAACUUCCGAGCGACGAAAUAUCUUGUAUCAAAUGGGUUUUAUGACUUUUGGGAUUGGUUCGACGACAGAACAUGGCAUCCACUCGGUCGAGUUACUGGAGGCACUCUUUACCCAGGUCUCAUGGUAACCAGCGGUGCCAUCUACCAUGCUCUACGUGCUCUUACUUUCCCGGUUGACAUUCGAAACAUUUGUGUGUUGCUUGCCCCGGGCUUCUCUGGGCUGACGGCAUUUGCAACCUACCUGUUCACCAACGAGAUGUCGACGUCGCCUUCCGCAGGACUCCUUGCUGCAGCUUUUAUGGGAAUUGCUCCAGGUUACAUCUCGCGAUCAGUUGCUGGCAGCUACGAUAACGAGGCUAUCGCCAUUUUCCUUCUUGUCUUUACCUUUUACACUUGGAUAAAGGCUCUCAAGCUCGGAUCGGCCAUGUGGGGUGCAAUGUGCGCUUUGUUUUAUGGAUACAUGGUGUCUGCUUGGGGUGGAUAUGUCUUUAUUACCAACUUGAUUCCACUGCACGUAUUUGUGCUAGUAUGUAUGGGCCGAUUCAGCCCAAGAGUAUACGUCAGCUAUUGCACCUGGUAUGCCUUGGGGACGUUGGCAAGUAUGCAAAUUCCAUUCGUUGGGUUCUUGCCCAUUCGAAGUAGUGAGCAUAUGUCAGCCCUUGGCGUCUUUGGUCUUCUUCAACUGAUUGGCUUCGUCGAAUUUGUACGUUCCGGCGUUCCAAGCAAGCAAUUCGGAACAUUACUUCGAGGAUUUGCCCUGGCCGUCUUUGGUAUAGCGUUCGGUGGCCUUGUCCUUCUGACUGUGUCUGGUGUGAUCGCGCCCUGGACAGGCCGAUUUUACUCUCUCUGGGAUACAGGAUAUGCUAAGAUUCAUAUUCCUAUCAUUGCGUCAGUUUCCGAGCAUCAACCUACCGCCUGGCCAGCAUUCUUCUUCGAUCUUAAUCUGCUGAUCUGGCUCUUCCCAGCUGGAGUCUAUCUUUGCUUCCUUAAUCUGGCUGACGAGCAGGUCUUCGUUGUUGUCUACGCCAUUCUUGCCAGUUACUUCUCUGGUGUCAUGGUUAGACUUAUGCUUACACUUACGCCUAUUGUUUGUACCGCGGCAGCUUUGGCUUUGUCACAUUUGCUCGAUACCUACCUUACUAUUAAGUCUCCUACUCCUCCUGCGGAUGCUGCUCUCGAUGCCGCCGGCAACGCGACGCCUGUUCCCAGCAAGAAAGCAAUUAAACAAGAUGGCCUACGUUCUAUGCGGCAGCCCCUUGUCGGCGUAUAUACUACGUUCUCUAAGGCCUCGGUUGUUAGCGCACUUACUGUCUAUCUCUUGAUUUUCGUUCUGCAUUGUACUUGGGUUACCUCGAACGCUUAUUCGUCCCCCUCGGUAGUCUUGGCAAGCAAAAUGCCUGAUGGAAGUCAACAUAUCAUUGAUGACUAUAGGGAGGCGUAUCAAUGGCUUCGUCAGAAUACAAAGGAAGAUGCAAAGAUUAUGUCCUGGUGGGAUUAUGGAUACCAGAUUGGCGGUAUGGCCGAUAGACCAACACUUGUCGACAAUAACACCUGGAACAACACACACAUCGCCACGGUUGGGAAGGCCAUGAGCUCGCGUGAAGAAGUCAGCUACCCUAUUAUGCGACAACAUGAAGUAGACUAUGUUCUCAUCGUUUUCGGCGGUCUUUUGGGCUAUUCCGGAGAUGACAUCAACAAGUUCCUGUGGAUGGUAAGAAUCGCAGAAGGCAUCUGGCCUGAUGAGGUUAAGGAACGCGACUUCUUCACCGAGAGAGGAGAAUACAAAGUGGACGAUGGGGCCACUGAGACCAUGAAGAACAGCUUGAUGUACAAGAUGUCGUAUUAUAACUACCACACGCUCUUUCCUCCUGGACAAUGCCAGGACCGAGUACGUGGUGUCAAGAUGCCCGACCAUGGGCCUGUUCUCAACACUCUGGAUGAAGCUUUCACCAGUGAGAACUGGAUCAUUCGGAUCUACAAGGUCAAGGACCUUGACAAUAUUGGCAGAGACCAUGCUGCCGCCGCAUCUUUUGAUCGGGGAAACAAGAAGAAGAAAGCGAGCAAACGAAGAGGUCCAAAAGUUUUGCGGGUUGAAUAA